AUGAUCAAUCAAAAGUCAAAGAUUAUACAGUGUACCUCUAGACAUCACAUUUGUAACUUGCGCUACAACAAACAAAAAUGUCCAAAGUACAGAAAAAAUUUUGUUGACACCACUAAAGUCUUAUUUGCUAAAAAAUUAAUUAGUCAUCUUAACGAGACAAAGAUAUCUAUUAUAUCUAAUAGACAUUUCAAAAAAAAUUAUGGCAAACAAUCAGUAUAUUCCACAAUAUUAUAUCCAUAUCCUAUUCAUGUCUGUAUGUAUAAAUUGUUUAAUAUAAAAUUUAUAAACUACUUAAGAGAAUGUCACAAAAAUACGUUUUAUGAGGUUCAACAAAAUGGUAAAAUAUUUUGUGAAAAAUGUAUAAUAGAUAUUGAUAUAUUGCCAAGAAGUUAUAACUUUGCAUUUCAUAUAAACAGUAUGGGCUUAUUUCUUGUUAACAUCAUGAUUUAUAGCAAUGGAGGAUUAACACCAAAUGUACAACUUGCAGACAACAAUGUAUCAACAGAACAGUUUCUGUAUGAACUCAUAUUUGCAAAUCAAUAUUGGUAGUUGUGGUGUGUUGGAAAGGUGAUAUAUUAUUAAGCUGUUAAACUUGCUAUAAAUGUUAAAUCAAAGUGACUUGAUUAAUAUUCAACGAUUAUUUUGUACUUGAAAUAGAUGACAUCAUAUUAAGGACCUAAAGGGUCAGCUACUAUCUACAUAUGCAAAAAAUACAUGUCUCCACUGAUAAAUGGCAAAUUGUUUGGAUAUAAACUAGUAAUAAAACAUAUACUUAUGACACUGGAAUAAUCACAGAUCUUU